AUAAAAAAAAUCUUUUUUUGUUUAGUACAAAAUGUCGUAAGCGAAACUUACGAUCUUAAAAGUGUAAACCAAAGUAAAAAAGUGUGGCUAACAUACCAAAGAUAACGCACAAACACAAAACAAAACAUAACUUAAGAAAAAAUAAUAUACCAAAAUGUUUGAUAUAUCACCAAAAUGUCCAGCUUUGGCUAGUAAACUAAGCGGCAUAUUUGGUUGGCGUCAUACAUACAAAGUAUCCGAAAAGCAUGAAGGGAUUACGCAUGCAUAUCUUCAGAAAUCGUAUUCAUUGACACUACCUCCCAAGCGUCCACCAUCGCCGUAUUUAUUUGCUAAGGAACCAGAUUCUUGGGUAGCUGUACAUCAUUUACAAACACAGUCCGGUAUACUCGAUCCAGACGAUUGUAUUGGUGAUGUAGCUGAUGAUCGUGAACAAAUACUUGCUAGUUUUGAAGAUUCAGGGCCAGAUCCCGGUGUGCCGCAGGGUGGCGGUGAUGGUGCCUCAGGCAGCUCAUCUGUUGGUACUGGUUCUCCAGAUAUAUUUCGAGAUUCCACAAACACAGAUGCGCCUACAAAUGGUACACAUAUCGACGCUUCAACACCUCAUAUUGAGGUAACUAGUAUCCCUUCAGGCCCAAUGACUGGUUUGGGCUUGCAAGUACGCCGUAGCAGUGAUCCUAAUUUAUUGGCAUCACUAAAAGCAGAAGGUGGAAAUAAACGUUGGUCAGCAGCAGCACCGCAUUGCGCAGGUGAUUCACCGGAACGUAUCUCAAUGGAAAAGAGUGGUUACUUAACACCACAAUGGGAGGAAGAAGAUGAUACUCAGCAUGCUACCAUUGUAGUACCAUCUCAACAACCAUUUGCUCGUUCAGGUCGUUUGUCAAUGCAAUUUUUUGGCGAUGGCAACGGUUAUAAGUGGAUGGAAGCUGCUGAAAAAUUGCAACAACAACAACAGCACCAUUAUCAACAACACCCGCCGCAAAACUAUCAGCAACAAACACAAAUUUACACCACCAAAUCACUGCCACGCGAAAGCAAACGUAAAGAGCCACUUGGUCAAGCUUACGAAUCAAUACGUGAGAAAGAUGGGGAAAUGUUAUUAAUUAUAAAUGAGUAUGGCAGCAAAUUGGGUCUUACUGCUAUACCAGAUAGUGAACAUGGCGGUGGUUUAAUUGUACAACAUGUCGAACCAGGUAGUCGAGCUGAGCGGGGAAGACUCCGUCGUGGUGACCGCAUACUUGAAAUCAACAAUACCAAACUAAUUGGGCUAACAGAAAGUAAAAUACAGGAGCAUGUGCGUCGCUUAUUGGAAGCGUCGGAACUGCGUGUAAGAGUUUUACGUGCUGAUCAAAAAGGUAACAAAUCACGUAGACGUGAUUUGAAAGUAGCAGAAAUGAUAGAAGCGGAAGAGAAAAUGGCAGCUUCUUCUGAAUCAAAGGUUGCUACUGUUUCGCCUACACGUAAACCACAUGCAACAGCCUUUGGUGCAUCGUCACAAGUAUCUAUUGAGAUCAUACUGAAAAAGGGACCAAAUGGCUUAGGUUUUUCCGUAACAACACGAGAUAUUCCUGUGGACACACUUUCCAGUGGCGGUCAGUGCCCAAUAUAUAUAAAGAAUAUAUUGCCACGUGGUGCAGCUAUAGAAGACGGACGCUUAAAACCAGGUGAUAGAUUAUUGGAAGUUGAUGGUGUGCCCAUAACUGGUAAAACACAAACAGAUGUCGUAUCGAUAUUAAGAGCAACACAAUCGGGAGCUACUGUGCGAAUUGUGGUUUCAAGAAAACAAGAGUUAACAGGCGAAAGAGAAAUUAACGAAAACAAAAAAGAUGAUUUAAGUUCACCUUCAAAACCACCCGCGCCUGUGUUGCCUGUUUCAAUGCAGAAAACACACUCCAAACAAGAUAAGCAAUUCAAUGGUGUACAUAAAUCAAGCAGCGCUCGUUCUUUAUUUGAACAGCACAGACAACAACAGCAGCAAAAUAUCAAUGAAUCUCAGCAUUUUAUUGACGCUGGUAGUGAAUCUGCCGCUUCGACUGAUAGCAUACAGGCUGGCAUUGCUUGGAGAUCUCGUGAAGUGGUCACACUUCACAUACCCGUGCAUGACACUGAAAAAGCAGGUCUUGGUGUUAGUGUGAAAGGAAAAACUAGUUCAAAUACUUCAUCUUCCAGUGGUAGUAAUGGCACUAUUAAACACGAUGGAGAUUUGGGUAUAUUUGUCAAGAACGUUAUACAUGGAGGCGCUGCGUCACGAGAUGGUAGACUUCGUAUGAAUGAUCAGCUCUUAAGUGUGAACGGAGUUUCAUUGUUAGGCCAAAACAAUGCAGAAGCGAUGGAAACUUUACGUAGUGCUAUGAUUAACAAUCCAGGCAAACAUCCGGGUAUGAUAACUUUAUCAGUAGCACGGAAUAUUGCUCGCUCUGCUAGUUCUGGUGAUAUUUUAGAACAAACAAACGAUAGUUCGAAUACGAGCGAAAAUUCCGGUGCCACGGUUAUAUACCUAAGUCCUGAAAAGAAGGAUGGACGUUGUAAUAACAGUAAUGGUGGAAAUUCAAAUGAAAUGAAUCGUUGGAGCAAUCCUGUUUUGGAUCGUCUAACCGGAGGUGUUUGCACAUCGAAUUCAUCAGCAGCUCAGCACAGGCGUCGACCAUCGCGCGACCAAUUGGCGAAUAAUAAUGUUGUGAACAGUUUACAUUCAUCUGGAGGUGUACAUGGCUUACGUAAUGACAGCUAUUACAUAGCGACAAAUGAUACUUGGUCACCUGCUUUGCAUCAGCACCAUAUGUCAAAUGGUUGUAUGAAUAAUAACGUUUUAAUUGAAGAUGAUCCGGAACCUAUGUCACCCACACUACCGCAUCGUCCAAAUGACUCGGUUUGUACACAGAGUAGCGCCAAUACAUCAAUUGCCAAUGCGGGUGUUGCAACCAAUUUUGAUGCAACCUACUCCUCACAAUUAAGUUUAGAAACUAACAAUUCUGGUGUCGAGCAUUUUAGUAGAGAUGCACUUGGGCGUCGUUCAAUCUCAGAAAAACAUCAUGCUGCGUUAGAUGCACGUGAAACCGGGACUUAUCAACGUAACAAGAAACUGCGCGAAGAACGUGAACGUGAACGUCGCAUACAACUCACGAAGUCAGCUGUAUACAGCGGUUCAGUGGAGUCACUAACAGCACGAAUAGCUAACGCUAAUGCUCAAAUACCUGGUUAUAGACAUACAAAAACAGCAUCUGGUAUAGAAACACAACAACUACAAGCAGAAGCACAAGAUAAACUAGGCGAUUUAGGUCCAUCUCUAGGCUUAAAGAAAUCUUCAUCGUUGGAAUCACUACAAACGAUGGUGCAAGAAAUACAAAUGUCCGAUGAACCACGUGGACCAACAGCAUUACGUGCGCCAAGAGGUCGUGGUCGUGAGGAAGGUUUGCGUGCAGCUGUUGUUAGCGAUCAUGAUGUUACUAAAGCACGAAAACAUUGGCUACUGGAGGAAACUGACAACAAUGACGGCGGUUUCUCGCAUCGCAACGGACCAUUCCAAAGUUCCCUUAAUGAUGGUAAACAUAAAUCUCGCGCCAAAAAGCCAAGUAUUUUACGUGGUAUUGGACAUAUGUUCCGCUUUGGCAAGAAUCGUAAAGAUGGUGUUGUGCCUGUCGAAAGUCAACCAGCAGCGACUUCAAAUACGAACGCAGAGCGUACAAAUACAACAACAGCAUCGUCACAAAACAACAAAAUUCCUGCUGCUGCACUAGCAGCACUAGAUCGUAAUGCGAAAAUAGCGCCACCCGCCUAUCAGCCGCCGCCACCAUUACCACCAGCAAAUCCAAUAAGCUCAAGUGGUAAUAUCAUCACUGAUAGUCGUGGUAAUAUAUUGAAUAAUAAUGGCAUACACCAAAAUGAUAUAUUCAAUCAACGUUAUCAACACUACGCAAACUAUGAUGAAUUGCAUCAGCAGCAAAUUAGUGAUGAUAACUCCUCAACUAAUGAAAUUUUAUCGGAGUCCACAUUAGAAUGCAUGCGGCAACAAGUUAAGAUGCAACGCAUUAAAGUCGAAGCUGAAAGUCGUCGCCAUCAUCAUUAUCAUUCGCAACGUAGUGCACGGUCGCAGGAUAUACAACUACAACAACACAUAUUACUGAACAAAAAUAAUAACAACUCGAAUAAUAGCAAUUCCAACAAUAUUAGUCCAAUGAAUGGUGGUCUAAGACCAAACUCCAGUUAUUACGAAUAUGAGACAGUGCAACAUAAUGUCAGUGGUACACAACAGCUACUGCAACAACAACGCACUGGCAGUAUUAAACAAAAUGGUCAUCACUCACCCAUUACAGUGAAUGGUCACCAGCAAACCUCUGGCCAAGCUCAACCACAUUGGAAAGCUGCAACCAUGAAUGGUUUCUCACCAGCGUCACUAAAUAGUAGUGCACGUAGUCGUGGUCCUUUUGUCACACAAGUGAAUAUUGUACGAGCUGAUAAUACGGUUACCACUACUCAGCAGCCUACCUACCAGACAGUGCAGAAACAGCAACCACAGUUCUCCAGCGCUGUCGGUAGCAUGACCCAACCGCAUGCUUCAAAAGUGUGACUAUAGGCGCACGCUCUUCGCCGCACACUGCUUAACGGCGAAGACGUUGCUAUCGACAGGGACAAUUCUAACGAAACGGAUAUUAAAUUAUUAACAAAUAGCGAGGUAGACAUAUUUUAUAUGGCAACGGAAUGUUGAAUUACAUUCAUGUAAACAGCAACAAUUUAUGGAAAACAGUGCCUAGCAAACAGCGCUAUGCUGUAGAUUGUAAAUUAAAAUAUACAAUUGUAAACGAAGUCCUUAAUUUAGUUUGUAGUAAUGAAAAUGAAUCCCUUUAUUUUCAUAUGAAAUUGUUUAAAAGUUUUUAAAUAAACUCCAUUUAAUAAAAACUUUUAUUACUGUUAAUAUUACUGGCAAAUAAAAAAAAUUUGUUGAAAGCCUUCCAUGGAAAGUGGCCGCCCAAUAAAAUGCAAACCAAAUGUAUUUUGUUGCUAAUUUGUAAUAUAUAAAAUAAACUUAUAUGAGUAAUUUGUUAUAUCAAGUUGACAAAUAAGUACUUAUAAAUAAUGUUAAACAAUUAAUUUU